CGAGGGUGACCGGAUACUAGACUUUAACGCUUGGGCGAUGGUGGCUCCUGCCCCUGUUUCGUGCCCUGGUAGACGAGCGAGCGGUCGGAGAAAAAGAAGCCUCAACCAAUUUUUCCAUCACAAUCUAGUUUUUAUUUUUUUUCUUCGUCGGCGUAUGAAUGGAGAAGAUGGGAGCCGCCGAUUCGCAGGUUGAGGACCUCUUCGGUCAGAAGAAGCCCGUCAAGAAUCCUCUCGUCCCCAUUGGUGCGCUUCUUACCGCUGGUGUGCUUACAGCGGGCCUGAUCAGCUUCAGACAAGGAAAUUCUCAGCUGGGACAGAAGCUAAUGAGGGCUCGUGUUGUAGUUCAGGGUGCGACGGUUGCUCUGAUGGUUGGCAGUGCUUACUACUAUGGAGAUCGAUUUAUGUUUUCUAAGAAAUGAAGUCAUCUUGGAUAAAGAUGGUAUACAAUUGUGCUUUUUGCUCUGCUCCUGCAGCUGAAGUUUUUUUUUUUCCCUUGAAAAUAUUCUGGACCAUAAUCCCUGUCACCAAAAGAAAAUAUUUCGUAAACAGAGAGACAGCUGAUGUUAUCACCUGCAGAAAUAUAGUCGUGACUAAAUGAAUAAUGUUCAGCAUUACAUGCUUGCUACUGCUAGUUUAUUGGGGCAAUUGUAUGGCUAAAUUUUACACUUAUUUUUAUAAAUUUAUGCCUUUAAUAGUUA